UGUCUGGGCGGCCGCGCGAGCGGGUCAUAAGAAACUGCGCGUGCGACCGGCUGCCGUGUCGCGUGUGUCGAUAUGCAGUGAGUGUGUUAAACAGCUGAAGGAAACAUGAGGCUGUCACUGCACAUCGCUGUGCUGGUACUGGCAGUGUACCACAGCUGCCAGGCCGCGCGCCCCGCCCGGGCCAUAGCAAGCUACUCAAACCAAAACUACGCGAUUCUCGGAGACCCCAUCCGACCCGACCUAGACGAAGAUGGAUACUUCUACCCGGCGCCCUCAAUACCCUUUAAAGAGCAGUACAUCCCGCCUCCGAGACAGCCUCCUCCUCCUUUUAUCCCCACCUUACCACCCCAAGCUCCUCCUUUUAGCAUCAACGUAGAGCGCCCAAAUUUGCCGUCAAACAUAGUACCUAUCCAAAAUCAACCGAACCCUUACCAGCCGCCUUCUAUCCCAACCUUACCACCCCAAGCUCCUCCUUUCAGCAUUAACGUAGAGCGCCCAAAUUUACCGAAAAACAUAGUACCUAUCCAAAGUCAACCGAACCCUUACCAACCGCCUUCUAUCCCAACUUUACCACCCCAAGCUCCUCCUUUCAGCAUUAACGUAGAGCGCCCAAAUUUACCGAAAAACAUAGUACCUAUCCAAAGUCAACCGAACCCUUACCAACCGCCUUCUAUCCCAACUUUACCACCCCAAGCUCCUCCUUUCAGCAUCAACGUAGAGCGCCCAAAUUUACCGAAAAACAUAGUACCUAUCCAAAAUCAACCGAACCCUUACCAGCCGCCAUCUAUCCCAACCUUACCACCCCAAGCUCCUCCUUUCAGCAUCAACGUAGAGCGCCCAAAUUUACCGAAAAACAUAGUACCUAUCCAAAAUCAACCGAACCCUUACCAGCCGCCUUCUAUCCCUAGGUUACCACCCCAAGCUCCUCCUUUCAGCAUUAACGUAGAGCGCCCAAAUUUACCGAAAAACAUAGUACCUAUCCAAAAUCAACCGAACCCUUACCAGCCGCCGUCUAUCCCAACUUUACCACCCCAAGCUCCUCCUUUCAGCAUCAACGUAGAGCGCCCAAAUUUACCGAAAAACAUAGUACCUUUCCAAAAUCAACCGAACCCUUACCAGCCGCCUUCUAUCCCAACCUUACCACCCCAAGCUCCUCCUUUCAGCAUUAACGUAGAGCGCCCAAAUUUGCCGAAAAACAUAGUACCUUUCCAAAAUCAACCGAACCCUUACCAGCCACCUUCUAUCCCUACGUUACCACCCCAAGCUCCUUUCAGCAUCAACGUAGAGCGCCCAAAUUUACCGAAAAACAUAGUACCUAUCCAAAAUCAACCGAACCCUUACCAGCCACCUUCUAUCCCAACUUUACCACCUCCUUCCAGUACCAGUAUCGUAGAGCGCCCAAGAUUACCAAUAAACAUACCAUCAAUUCAACCUCCACCAAAACCUGUCCAGCCGCUUCCUCCUUCCAUUCCAACUUUACCACCCCUUACCCCCCUUUCUCCAAAACAGCCCUAUUCACCUGCUACCGAGGAUGGCUACGUGUAUGAACGCCCAAAUAAACCGUUCACCAUAACGACUAAACCACCGACGUCUCCACCUCUGAUAAGGACUCCACCUCCGCCACCACCGCCACCUGUAAUAAGAUACUCUGAAACGCCGGGAUACAGUUACCCACCCCCAAGCAUUCCCUUCACAUACCCCACGACGCCUCGGACGACACCACGACCCCCGCCAACCACCACUACAACUAGACGACCUCCUACAACUCCGCGACCUACGCCACCUCCGACAACUAGACCUCCAGUAUAUUCAACAAUAAAAGAUCUGUUCACACCGACCGGUUAUACUUAUACGACGCCUAAAAUUCCAUUCACGUAUCCAACUCCACCACCUACCAGGGCAACACCACCACCUACCAGGUAUACACCUCCACCUACCAGGGCUACACCUCCGCCUACCAGGGCUACACCUCCGCCUACCAGGGCUACACCACCGCCUACCAGGGCUACACCUCCGCCUACCAGGGCAACACCACCGCCUACCAGGUAUACACCUCCACCUACCAGGUAUACACCUCCGCCUACCAGGGCUACACCUCCACCUACCAGGGCUACAUUCAGAACAACUGGAUACAGUUACCCAACCCCAAGCAUUCCUUUCACAUACCCCACAACGCCUCGGACGACGCCACGACCCCCUCCAACCACCACUACAACCAGACGCCCCAUUACAACUCCUCGGCCAACACCACCCCCGACAACUAGACCUCCAGUAUAUUCAACAAUAAAAGAUCUGUUCACACCGACCGGUUAUACUUAUACGACGCCUAAAAUUCCAUUCACGUAUCCAACUCCACCACCUACCAGGGCAACACCACCACCUACCAGGUAUACACCUCCACCUACCAGGGCUACACCUCCGCCUACCAGGGCUACACCUCCGCCUACCAGGUAUACACCUCCGCCUACCAGGGCAACACCACCACCUACCAGGUAUACACCUCCGCCUACCAGGGCUACACCUCCGCCCACCAGGUAUACACCUCCGCCUACCAGGGCUACACCACCGCCUACCAGGGCUACAUUCAGAACAACUGGAUACAGUUACCCAACCCCAAGCAUUCCUUUUACAUACCCCACAACGCCUCGGACGACGCCACGACCCCCUCCAACCACCACUACAACUAGACGCCCCAUUACAACUCCUCGGCCAACACCACCCCCAACAACUAGACCUCCAGUUUAUACAACAAUAAGAAAUCAGUUCAGAACGACGGGUUACACUUAUCCGACGCCUAUAAUUCCAUUUACGUAUCCAACUCCACCACCAACGAGACGCACUCCACCACCUACACCUCCCCCUCCUAGAACCCCACCUCCAACAAGACCUCCUCCUCCUAGGACCCCGCCACCAACUUAUUUACCUCCCUCUACAACCAGGAGGACUCCACCUCCACCACCUCCACCCACUAGACCACCGACAUUCAAAACCCCAGCUACAUACCUACCCCCACCGCCACCAACAAGACCUCCCCCUCCUAGAACUCCACCCCCAACUUAUUUACCUCCCUCUACAACAAGGAGAACUCCACCUCCUCCACCUCCUCCACCACCCCCCACUAGACCACCGACAUUCAGAACCCCAGCUACAUACCUACCUCCGCCACCACCAACAAGACCUCCCCCUCCUAGAACCCCGCCACCAACUUAUUUACCUCCCACUACAACCAAAAGGACUCCACCACCUCCACCUCCUACACCACCCCACACUAGGCCACCAACAUUCAGAACCCCAGCUACAUAUCUACCUCCGCCACCACCAACAAGGCCUCCCCCUCCAAGGACCCCGCCACCAACUUAUUUACCUCCCACUACAACCAGAAGAACCCCACCUCCUCCGCCUCCCCCUACUAGGCCACCAACAUUCAGAACCCCAGCCACAUACCUACCUCCGCCACCACCAACAAGACCUCCCCCUCCUAGAACCCCACCCCCAACUUACUUACCUCCCACUACAACCAGGAGGACUCCACCUCCUCCACCUCCCCCUACGAGGCCACCGACAUUUAGAACACCAGCUACAUAUCUACCCCCACCUCCACCAACGAAACCCCCAGUAUACAUCCCGCCUCCAACAACUAGACCCCCUGUAUAUAUCCCACCCCCAACAACUAGACCCCCUGUAUACAUCCCACCCCCAACAACAAGACCCCCAGUGUACAUCCCACCUCCAACGACUAGACCACCGUUCGUCGAAAAAGAGGGAUAUUUCUACGAUCGACCACUCGUACCUUUUGUCUUUUAAC